AUGGUCGAUAUGAAUCGAUCAGAUGGCAGCGACCAAGCGCCAGGAUCAAGUUCCGCGGUCAGCGAGUCCCAGUCGGCAGAUGCAGAGGAGCUUCACUAUCUGACAUGGUUCCAACGGUUUGCCUUCGGUUUCGGCCAUUUCUACAACGAUGUUUGUGCCGGCAUGUGGUUCACCUACCUACUGGUUUACUUCAAGAAGAUUCUGCUAUUCUCGCCGUUUUCCGCAGGCAACGUGUUCCUUGUGGGGCAGGUGGCAGACGCACUCAGUACUCCGUUGAUCGGCAUCGAGUCAGAUCGCGUAAACUCAGCUGUCUGUUGCAAUUGGUACGGCCGGCGCAAAAGCUGGCAUUUAAUUGGUACCAUAUGCGUGACCAUAUCGUUUCCGUUCAUUUUCAACAGAUGCAUAGGUUGUACAUAUGAGCCGGUCAUGACCGCUGAAUGGGUGCAGCUGAUUUACUACAUUCCGUUUGUCGUGCUUUUCCAGUUCGGUUGGGCGGCUGUUCAGGUAGCACAUCUGGCGAUGAUCCCUGAAUUGACUCCAUGCAAUAACGAGCGAACCGCCCUGAACGGUAUAAGGUAUGCGUUCACCGUUGUAGCCAGUCUGGUGGCGUUUCUCCUCGUGUGGCUCUUCCUCAAAAAGAGUAUCGGUAAUCAGGAUGUCACUCCGAACGAUGCAUGUGCUUUCAGUACCUCCGCGUACGUGUCUAUCGGCAUGGGUAUCGUUCUGACGAUCGCCUUCCACAUAUUUGUGCCCGAUAAAUCGUCCGGCAUGUACCUUCAUAAACAGACGAUGAAGCGGGCGAUGGCCAUCAGCAGCGUCGAGGCUGUCGCCAACGGUGCCGUCACCCAGAUUUCAACGACCACCACUGACAGUAAAGUGCAGCCGAAUUCAGUCAAAGCGAUGACCUGGCGGUCGUGGUUAAAAGAGCCGCAGUUCUACGAGGUUGGCGCCAUCUACAUGUGCGUUCGCUUGUUCAACAACGUUUUCAUGGCCUACAUCCCGUUGUACAUUCUCGACACCCAGAUGCUUGGCAAACCGGGCGUCGCCAUUGGAGUUGUCUUUGGGAUCGGGACGUGUGUGUGGUCGUUUUUUAAAGGCCUUGGCUACCAGAUAUUUGGUCUGGCGAUCGCUCUCGGUAUCUCAUCUGCUCUGCUGAUUGUCAAUGCUUUGGCCCUGAUGACGGACAUGAUCGGCAAAGAUACGGUAAUGAAUAUGAAAUUUCUUUUUUUAUUCUGUAGCUAG